GUUGUGUAAUUUUUUCCAAGGGUUUUGGGAUUUAGGAGCAUAAGAACAGAAAGAAAGAAAAAAAGUUAAUUUUGAAUAAAGUUUCCCCAAAGGAAGCAAUCCUAAAGUGAGCUAUCUAUGACAUUGAUUGGCUACAGCAUGAGAGCAACGGAAUUUUGUUGUCUUUCUUUCAAGGUUUCCCAACCUGAUACCUUAUCAGCCAGAACUGUGAAGAUGUUAAGUGCACGUUUCUGGUUCUUAUCCUCAUUGAAGCUUGUUUGAAGUGUUGCUAUUAAUACACUAAGCUAGAAUUCCUGAAGAGAGGCAGUCGAGGAUAAAGUUAUUUAACACCAAGACCUUGAUCAAUCCUGCUAGCAACAUCAUGUCAAAGAAGAAAUUAAUUAUCCCUUCUAUUCCUCUUGCAAACGUCUUAAUCUUCAUCUUGUUAGGUUUUGUUGCCGCAACUGAAGAUGAACAGAAGGAAUUUUACAUUGUUUAUCUUGGAGAUCAACCAGUGGAUAAUGUCUCUGCAGUGCAAACACACAUGGAUGUUCUGUUGUCCAUCAAGAGAAGUGAUGUUGAAGCUAGGGAGUCCAUCAUAUAUAGCUAUACAAAGAUCUUUAAUGCAUUUGCUGCAAAGCUAUCUAAAGCUGAAGCCAACAAGCUAUCACGCAGGGAAGAAGUUCUUUCCGUGUUUCCAAAUCGGUACCACAAACUCCACACAACUAAGUCGUGGGAUUUUAUCGGGCUUCCUAACACAGCAAAAAGAAACCUGAAAAUGGAGAGAAACAUAGUUGUGGGUCUACUGGAUACAGGGAUCACUCCGCAGUCUGAGAGCUUUAAGGAUGAUGGUUUUGGUCCUCCUCCUAAAAAAUGGAAAGGCACUUGCGGCCACUACACUAAUUUCUCAGGAUGCAACAAUAAGCUUGUAGGAGCUAGAUUCUUCAAGCUCGAUGGCAACCCGGAUCCCAGUGACAUCUUAUCUCCAGUAGAUGUGGAUGGCCAUGGGACACACACGUCAUCGACACUAGCAGGAAACCUGAUUCCAGAUGCCAGCCUAUUUGGUCUAGCAGGAGGGGCUGCACGCGGUGCAGUGCCAAACGCCAGGGUAGCCAUGUAUAAAGUGUGUUGGAUGAGCUCUGGUUGCUCGGAUAUGGACUUGCUUGCUGCAUUUGAAGCUGCUAUACAUGAUGGUGUUGAUGUUCUAUCAGUAUCUAUUGGUGGAGUGGAUGCUAAUUAUGUAUCAGAUGCAUUAGCCAUAGGUGCAUUUCAUGCCAUGAAGAAAGGAAUUAUCACAGUGGCCUCCGGUGGAAAUGAUGGACCGUCUUCUGGUUCUGUUGCCAACCAUGCUCCCUGGAUCUUGACCGUUGCAGCCAGUGGAAUCAACCGGGAGUUUAGGAGCAAAGUUGAGUUGGGAAAUGGGAAGAUUUUGUCAGGUGUUGGAGUGAACACAUUUGAACCAAAACAGAAAUCAUACCCCCUUGUUAGUGGGGCUGAAGCUGGUUACUCUGGACUCCAGAACCAUGCAAGGUUCUGUGAUGCAGGCUCGUUGGACCCUAACAAAGUGAAAGGGAAGCUUGUCUUGUGUGAGUUAGGAGAGUGGGGUUCUGAUUCUGUUGUUAAAGGAAUUGGAGGGAAAGGCAUUAUUCUUGAGAGUCAGCAAUAUCUUGAUGCUGCCCAAAUUUUUAUGGCACCUGCAACCAUGGUCAACGCCACAGUAAGCGGGGCAGUCAAUGAUUAUAUACAUUCCACAACAUUUCCAUCAGCAAUGAUACACAGAUCCCAAGAAGUAGAAGUCCCUGCUCCAUUUGUCGCUUCUUUUUCAUCUCGGGGUCCAAAUCCAGGAUCAGAACGCCUUCUCAAGCCCGACGUUGCAGCACCGGGAAUUGACAUUUUGGCAUCAUACACUCCCUUGAGGUCGCUCACCGGGCUGAAAGGUGAUACACAGCACUCAAGAUUUUCUCUUAUGUCAGGGACUUCCAUGGCUUGCCCUCACGUUUCUGGGCUAGCUGCCUAUAUAAAGUCGUUCCAUCCAAAUUGGACAGCAGCAGCUAUCAAAUCUGCCAUCCUGACAACGGCAAAACCUAUGAGCUCCAGAGUGAACAACGACGCAGAAUUUGCCUAUGGUGCUGGUCAAAUAAAUCCUCUUAGAGCAAGAAACCCUGGCCUAGUCUAUGACAUGGAUGAGAUGUCUUACAUUCAGUUCUUAUGCCACGAAGGCUACGAUGGAUCCUCCUUCGCUGUUUUAGCUGGUUCAAAAUCCAUCAAUUGCUCCUCAUUGCUUCCUGGACUUGGCUAUGAUGCUCUUAACUAUCCGACUAUGCAACUUAAUGUAAAAAAUGAGCAGGAACCAACCAUAGGAGUUUUUACAAGGACAGUCACCAAUGUAGGCCCUUCUCGUUCCAUCUACAAUGCAACCAUUAAGGCUCCUGAAGGAGUACAAAUCCAAGUAAAACCCACGAGCCUCUCCUUCUCUGGUGCCGCGCAGAAGCGAAGUUUUAAGGUUGUGGUCAAGGCAAAACCCCUGUCAGGACCUCAAAUAUUGUCGGGUUCACUUUUAUGGAAAAGUAAGCUUCACGUUGUAAGGAGCCCUAUCGUUAUUUUCAAACCCCUGGGCUAAUAUUGUAAAAGAAGUACUCUGUAUUAUACACAAACAUGCUAGCUUGAGUU